CCGUGUACGACAGAGGAGAGACAUGGAGUCACAAAGAAACGUUGGCCCUGAUAGAGGUGUGGGGAGAGGAGGCGAUGCAGCACAGACUUAUGGUUUCAAAUAGGAACAUGGACGUGUUUGAGGAGAUAGCCGCCGCGGUGCGCCUGAGGACGGGCUGUGAAAGGACGGCCUCGCAGUGCCGCAGCAGUCAAGCGGAUCAAGUCGGACUACUCCAGAACCUUAAAGCAAAGCAGCGACGGAACGAAGCCUGUGAAAAAGUUUGCAUUCUUUGACGAGCUGGACAGAAUACUCAGAGCACGGCAGUCCAUGGUCAGCGACCAAUGUAAUGUUGUACUGUCAUCCAGUCAGGAGAUACCAGAUGAGCUGGCUAACGAGGAGAAUGAGUACUUGUCCUCAAGUGAGAGCACUACGCAGGAGCAGCCUUUUGACACUGCGGAUACUGCGUACCCACUGGUUGUGUUCAAGGUAGAGAACCCCGAGCUAGAUGAAACUGGGUGGAAUCAGGGUAACCAGGAAUCUCUGGAACCUGCCGAUCCACAAGAUAAAAAGGAAAGCAAGGUCACAAAACGAUCACUGGAUAAUCUGUACGAUUCUGUCCACCGACUGGAAGAGAUGAUGAUAAAACGAGCGAGACAUGAGGAAGAUGUAGAGCGUAUGCAAAAGAGGCAAGACCAGAAGUGCCUCCAACAGCUGAGCGAGGUAUUGGAACGGCAGAAACUUCAGCAGGGCGAGAUGACCUCCAUGCUGAAGCAGUUGGUGGACAUAGACGGUGUAUCACGCACAAACAAGGAUGGCGGGGACGUAAAAACUACAUGUAGCGAGCAAUCGGCCUUGUUGACUGUGACUCAAAACAUGGUGGAUGUUGUCACCAAGUUGACUGCGUCUUGGGAAAAGCUCGCUGACCAGCAGGAAAGAGGGGAAUCUCUGAGGAGAGAAAGAGAAGAUCGGAGGUACAACUUGCUCAAAGAGACUCUGGAACAGCAACGACGCGACGAGAAAGACAUGUUUUACAAAGUCAUGGAUAUGCAAAUGAAAAUGUUUCAGAUGUUUUGCUCAAGUCUGCAGUCCAGUUCAUCCACAAAUACGCCUUCCGUUCCGAUGGCGUCGGGCUUACCACAAGCUUUCUCUACCGGAUUGUGACAGGGUCGUCAUCAUGUAUCUAUAUAGCCUACAUCACAGAAAACACUGGGGUACUUGUUGAUGUUUUAAUACUGUGUAAAUUACAAAAAUUAGACUAAAUUACAAAUUCGUGUUAUUUUUUUUCCACAGAAAAUUACACUAAAGACCUAUAGAACAUUAGUAUUAGUACAAUGGUAUAACAUACUUAUUUAUUGUUGACUAAUGUUCUCAAUAUAACCGACAGCAUAGAGAGUAAAAGUAGAGCAGUGAUGACAGUGUGAUAUUUGACAAAUCGCCAUACAUAUUGUUGGUGAAUUUAGCC